AUGCCAGCAGGAAGCGAACACAGUCAUCACAGCCGUAAACUAAAUGAGGAUAAAAGAAGUCGACAUAGUGUGGAGUUAGCUGAGGGUAGUCAGAGACACCACGGUGUUGGCGUGACACAAGACAAUGGUAUUGCACGUGACAACCAAAGCCACCACAGUGUUGGCGUCAAUGAGGACAGUGGUAUUGCUCAUGACAACCAUAGCCACCACAGUGUUGGCGUCAAUGAGGACAGUGGUAUUGCUCAUGACAACCAAAGCCACCACAGUGUUGGCGUCAAUGAGGACAGUGGUAUUGCUCAUGACAACCAAAGCCACCACAGUGUUGGCGUCAAUGAGGACAGUGGUAUUGCUCAUGACAACCAUAGCCACCACAGUGUUGGCGUCAAUGAGGACAGUGGUAUUGCUCAUGACAACCAAAGCCACCACAGUGUUGGCGUCAAUGAGGACAGUGGUAUUGCUCAUGACAACCAAAGCCACCACAGUGUUGGCGUCAAUGAGGACAGUGGUAUUGCUCAUGACAACCAAAGCCACCACAGUGUUGGCGUCAAUGAGGACAGUGGUAUUGCUCAUGACAACCAAAGCCACCACAGUGUUGGCGUCAAUGAGGACAGUGGUAUUGCUCAUGACAACCAAAGCCACCACAGAGUUGGCGUCAAUGAGGACAGUGGUAUUGCUCAUGACAACCAUAGCCACCACAGUGUUGGCGUCAAUGAGGACAGUGGUAUUGCUCAUGACAACCAAAGCCACCACAGUGUUGGUGUUGUUGGAACGGAAAACACUGUUGUUUCCCCCAGAGAGGAAGACCGCCAAAGCCACCACGUUUACCAGGAAAGUGGGGCAAACGAGGUCACUGAGGCGAAUAUAGUUGAACAAGAUAACGAAAGUCUCCAAGUCACUGGGGUUACGGAGGGCAGUGAAGUUCCCCCCAAUGUAAAAAAUGAAGCAGAUAACAUACAGAUCCACCACAGUGGAGGUGUCGUAGAGGAGUUGGACGCACGGGAGGAUCAGCCGGAUGAGAAUUAG